CGUUACUACAACACUUUGCCACACUACUUAUCUUUUUCUAGUUUUUUUUUUUUAUGUUAUAUAUUCUACAUAUAGAAAAAUAUAAUUUAGAAAAAAAAAAAAUGAAGGGUGAAGCAAUGAAGUUUCAUCUUUUGAUCUUCAUGGUAUUCUUAGUUACCCUAGCUUCUGCUGCUUCAUCCCCUUCAGUCAUCAUUGUUGGAGCUGGAAUGUCCGGAAUUUCUGCAGCAAAGGAUUUGCAUGAUCAGGGCGUCAAGGAUUUCAUCUUUUUGGAAGCAACAGAUAGAAUUGGUGGUAGGAUUCACAAGACCGAAUUCGCAGGGCAUGCGGUUGAGAUGGGAGCAAAUUGGCUUCACGGUGUAGGAGGUCCUCGGAAGAAUCCCAUGUAUGAGAUCGCCAAGGAAAUCAAGCUUAGGUCCUUUUACUCGGACUGGAACAAUAUAUCAUAUAACUCCUACAAGCAAGAGGGUGGACGGUAUUCGAAAGAAGAGGUGGACGCGGCAUUAGACAUGGCUGAGAGUAAUGAAGACUAUGCAGAAGAGUUAUCAGAAAGGCUUAGUGCUAAGAAAGGAAAAGAUGAUGAUAUGUCCCUUUUGGCAGCUGAACGUCUCAACCACAGGGAGCCAAAAACACCCCUAGAGAAGAUGAUUGACUUCUACUCUUUCGACGGUGAGCAAGCAGAGUCACCUAGGGUAACAAGUCUUAAGCAUAUUAUUCCAAGGCCAGAGUAUACUCUUUUUGGUGAGAAUGACUACUUCGUGGCUGACUCUAGAGGGUUCGAGAGCAUUGUUCAUCAUAUUGCGAAAACUUACCUCACCUACACCAAUGAUACUCUCAAUGACCCUAGAGUCAUCUUUAACCAGGUUGUGAAAGAGGUUGAUUACUCAAACAGUGGAAUAGUAACAGUAAAAACAGAAGAUGGCAAUGAGUACACAGCCCAAGCUGUAAUUCUAUCACCAAGUGUUGGUGUUCUCCAAAGUGGUCUCAUCUCUUUUAAACCAGAAUUGCCCUUUUGGAAAAGGCGCGCCAUUGCUGAAUUUAGCUUGGGUAUAUACACCAAGAUCUUCCUUAAGUUCCCUAAGAAGUUCUGGCCUACCGGCAAAGGAACCGAGUUUUUCUUUUAUGCCCAUGAAAGGCGUGGAUAUUAUGCAUUUUGGCAGCAAUUAGAAAUGGAGUAUCCAGGAUCCAACAUUUUGAUGGUUACGGUAACAGACGACGAGUCGAAGAGAGUAGAGGCACAACCAGAUGAGAAAACAAAAGCAGAAGCAAUGGAAGUUCUGCGCAAAAUAUUUGGAGAUGACAUUCCUGAUGCUACUGAAAUUUUGAUCCCAAGAUGGUAUUCUGAUCGGUUUUACAAGGGCACUUUCUCUAACUGGCCUGUUGGAUACACUAUUAAAAAGCAUAACAACCUCAAGGCUCCGGUUGAAAAUGUCUUCUUCACUGGAGAGCAUACACAUGCGCAACUCUUUGGAUAUGCAGAUGGCGCUUAUUAUGCAGGUAAGAGGGCCGCAAAUGAUGUCAACAAGUUGCUCAAGAAAAAGAAGUCACCAAAUCUAAGAUCUUUAUAUUAUUGGUGGAUGUAAUUAAUUGCACCGAGUUUUAUGGUUCAAGAAUAAAGGUGUAUGCAAUUGAUUAUGAACAUCCAGGCUUAGAUUAUGUUCUUUUGAAAUUUAAUUUCAAAGAACAAGAGAGUGAAGUGGUCUUUUUAAUUAAGUUUCAUUUUCUUUGUGGCUUUUGGAAGUUUCUGUUUGUAAUGCAACUCACGGGUGUUGGAAAAUAAAAAAUUGAGGUGUUUGUGGACCAGCAUGUUUUAUUUCAGAAUAUUUUGAAUCUCA